UGAUUGAUAAAAUAAUAAUAAAAGGUUUUAAAGCAUUCAUCAUAGUACUGCAUACGUAAUAUAAAAUUAUUAAAUGAGAUACGAAGAGAAAAAUGGAGGGUCAUCAUAUAUUAUUAUCAAGAAAUACACAGCAGCUGUUACAAACGACUGUCAAAUAUAUUUUUAAAGGCCGUUUUCAAAUAGAAAAUGUUCGUUUUAGAACAACAUUACACAAUAAAAGUAUUAUUACACCAAAAGGUAUCAAAUAUCGUAAAGUAUUUUACAUAACAAUACCGAUUGGAACUGGAUUUUAUGGCUACAAUUAUUGGCGAACAACUCGACAAAAUCAAUGUGCUACACAAUUCGAAGUACGAUGUUAUUGUGCGUUACCGUUACGGGCGAUGAGUCGAUGGUGGGGUUGGAUUGCAGAUAUUGAAUUACCGUAUGUAUUACGACCAUGGUUAUAUGGUUUUUAUGCUUCAACGUUUGGUGUAAAUUUAAUGGAAGCGAAAACAACGGAUUUAAGAGCGUAUUCAACGUUAUCGGAUUUCUUUUGUCGUGAAUUGAAAGAAGAUGCACGUCAAAUUGAUCAAAAUAGUUCCUUAGUAUCACCAUGUGAUGGUGUUGUUUUAAAUUGUAGUUUGGCUGAAAAUGGUGUUGUUGAACAGGUAAAAGGAGUUAAUUAUAAUUUAAAUAAAUUUUUGGGCGAAAAUAAUUAUUAUUCGGAUGAAAAUCCUUUAACGCCGGAUAAACAUCUUUUACAUAAUAAGAAUAAUAAAUUAUACCAAUGUACAAUUUAUUUAGCUCCUGGCGAUUAUCACAGGUUUCAUUCACCAACUGAUUGGCAACCAGGACAAAGAAAACAUUUCUCAGGUGAAUUAUUAUCAGUGAAUCCGGGAAUUGCGUCAUGGAUACCUGAUUUAUUUGUUUUAAAUGAACGAGCUGUGUAUACGGGAACGUGGAAACAUGGUUUCUUUUCGAUGACAGCUGUUGGUGCAACAAAUGUUGGUAAAAUACGGGUAUUUUUCGAUGAUUGUUUAACAACUAAUCGUAAACAGAAAGAUGAAAAAAUUCAUCAUGAUUUUAAUCAUCCGAUUCAAUUAAAAAAAGGUGAUCUAUUCGGUGAAUUCCGUAUGGGCUCGACAAUUGUAUUAAUAUUUGAAGCUCCUCCAGAUUUCGAAUUUAAUAUAGCAGCUGGCACAAAGAUUCGUAUGGGUGAGAGUCUGGAAAAUUUUAAUGACAAGAACUGUAAUACAGCACACAAUUUACAAAAUGCUCAUAAAAUAGUUGAUGUCCGAACACGAUAGAAAAAUAACAAAAAAAUUUAUAUACUGUG